UCUGCAGCACUGACAUUUUAGUUUUUCUUGUACUACAGUACGGUACUAGCUAUUACUGAGGAGAAAAUUUGCAACAUUUGUGUACACGACGUCAGAGUAAAACCAUACAAUACCAUGAGCGGAAAGAGGCAUGAGGUUGCUGAAUUGCCCAAGGGAUGGACAAGAGAAGAAGUAAUUCGUCAAAAUGGGAUGUCAAGAGGAAAAACAGAUAUAUAUUAUUACAGUCCAUCUGGGAAAAAGUUUCGCAGUAAACCAGAUCUACAACGAGAAUUAGGUGUAGACCUCACAUAUUUUCAUUAUCGUGCCGGGAAGUACAUGAGGGAUAAGGUGAAGCUUCAGCAGAGAAAUCGUCUACUUGGAAGGAAUGGUCGAAGUGACCUAGACACGUCACUCCCAGUAAGACAGACUGCUUCAAUAUUUAAACAACCCGUGACAAAACGAACCAACCAUAAGAACAGCAAAGUCAAACAAGAUGCAACAAGAAAUCAGAACAAGAGUCCACAACAGCUCUUCAAAGAAAAGCGAUUGUCUGGUUUGAAUGCCAUUGAUGUGUCAAAUAAUAUCAUCACUGCCCUUGAUCUGCCUAAAGCUUUACAAGCUGUAGGCCCAGACACAAGUUCGGAUGCAUUAUUACGAAGAAUCGCCACCCAAUUACAUCAUGGAGGACCACCAAUAACAGGACAGACAUCUAGCGUUGUUAUGAAGGAUGCUUGUGUCUGGUUGAACACUCAACAACCACUCUGUAAAGCAUUUGUUGUUACUGAAGAUGAUGUUAGGAAACAAGAAAGACGUGUUCAACUUGCAAGAGAAAGAUUAGAAGCCGCUUUACGACAUCAAGAUGUUUUGCAGAGACAGGAACUUGUAUUACAAGGAUGACAAAAUAUUAGGCAAUAUUGGGUUUAAGUCGAUCAGCUUCCAAAGCAAUGUGAAGGGUGAAGAUUGCACAUACUUUCCUAUGUCGAAAGCUGCUUAUGCUGUAUAAACAUUUAAAUUUGAACUGCAGUAAAGAAUAUUGUGCCAUCAAUGUCCAAAAUUUACAACUAUAAUGAUAAUCCACUAUACUUGGACCGUUUCACAUUUUAAGAAGCAAAGAUGAAAUGCUCGCAUUUCAAACUUUUUUUCAUUCUUUGUAAAUAGAACAAUCGCAAUUGUAUUUUAUAUGGAACAAUCUUCGUCCAUGUGCCUUAGUCUUUUGUGGCGAAUUUCUAGACUUUUCCGGCUUAAGAUUAUAAAGGCGCUAAAAAGGAAUUCCUCCGCCCAUGUUACGAUAAGGUUGUUCGGUGUUAACACCAUAAUAUAGACCGCCACUUCCUAUCUUUUUAUAUCUGCAAUUCGAAUUUAAUUGUUCAUUAUUCAUUUCCUCGUAAAAUGAUUCAGCGACACGCUCCUGGUUGAUAAGUGAGUUUGUACCAUGGCGACUAUUUUGAUGCAAAUCACCAAUUACUCGACUAACAACGACGUUGACAAUGACUGAAGUAAACAUUCAAACAUCCGGAUUGUUAAUGGGAUGUUUAUUUCAGUCAUUGUGCUUGCAAUUCCUUCUUAUGCAAUUCAAAUGGCUAAUUUCCAGUCCUUGUUUCCGUGACUUGAACGAUGUUUACUGUACAUACUGUACAUUGGGAUAGCAUGAUACAGUUCUGUUAAAUGGAUUCCCCGUCAUAAUUUAGGUUCGAAACUUGCAUUUUAGUACAUAUAUUCAUUUUGCUUAACAAUCACUGAUUCUAUCACUUCUUUGAUGUCUGUUAUAGAACAUUCCAGUUCUUUCCGUUGUCUUUAUUUUAUUCUUUCGUUGCAUGAUGCUGAUAUCCUUGGAUAUCCCCAAGCCACGAACAAAUUGAGCUCAUGUUCGACCGUUGUACAGGUUCUGUUGGGCUCCAAUUCAACUAGUGUGAUGUAUUUCUACCAUGGAAGAUUUUAUUUCCCAACUAAUGGAAGGACCUUAACGAGAACGCCUAGUUAGCCUUGUAACAAUCAUGCUUGGUCAGAUGAGUAUCCAUGAUGAAUUUGAACUAUUUUCCUUUACACAUUUAUAUUCAUAAUGUGUUUCAAGUCUGUGUAAUUUUCUUUUUAUUGCAAUUAGCAUGAAAUACAACCGAUUUCUUGAACUUCGUUUCAA